UUGGCUCAAAAUGGCUGGAGAGAAACAUUUAUGAGGAUCGACGGUUUUUACUAGGUAUUUACGAAAAAAUGAGCCUGCUGUAGCUUGAAGGCGCUUCCUCCACAUAACUGGGGAUCCAGGGGGAGUGUGGAGAGGGGGGGACAGGACCACAACGCGGGCACCACCCAGAAAGAGGAGGAGCGAGGGAGCAGCUGAGCAGGAAGGAUCAUCCAAUCGUUGGUAGCCAGUCCAGUCCGGUCUUCAGAUGAAGAGCCUUCAGUUCCGGAGCAUCGCCCCUAAGGCCCCGGCCGUGGUGCCCUCCCCCUCCCCUGCGGUCCUGUCCUGCCAGCCUCCCUCUGCCCUCCCUGAGGCUAGCACUGCCUCCAGUCCCAAGUCCAUCAUUGUGCCCACUCAAAACUAUGCACUGAUGCAAAUAGCAGGUCAGGAUGGCACUUUCUCUCUGGUGGCUCUGCCCCCUUCGGUCUCCUCUCAAACACCACAGCAACAACAGCAACAAACCCAAAAGAACCUCAAGUUACCCAUUCCUAGAUACCAGCCAGUGAGGAGCAAGGGGACCACAGAUAAGGUCAAGUCACCACCACUAGCUGCUAGGGUGAAAACAGCUUCCAAGGUUGCUGUGGCAGCACAGACCAAGGUAAUGGUUAGUGGGGCAUCAACAGUAACAAAGAAAAAACAACAGGAGUCCAAGCACACAAAGGAAAGCCCAGUUCCCAAAGAAGAGCCUUCGGACCAGGUAAUUCUGAUUGACCCAGCCUCCUCUGACAUCUCUGUCACUGCUCUACUCCCAGACAAUGCUGUCCUGUACCCAGGUUCUCAGUUAGAGAGAGCGCCAGAUGGCUCUGCAACAACUAGUCUUAUUCAAAACCUCCAGUACCCCUCUUCUGCUGUCAAAGGCUCCCCAAGCAAAUCCCCGGAGGAAAGUAAGACCACAGUGAGGCUGUGCCAAUCCAAGUCCACUGCAGCUCAGCCCCAGAGCAGUAUCACUGUCCUGUCAUCAGCCAUCUUCGGCAAAACGGUCCAGAUUAUCCCAUCCCCACCUAAGGGUAAACUGCCCAUUCUGCCCUACUCUAAAAUGAAGAGCACCCUCAUCCCAGCUGCCAAGCUCAGCAAUUUGUCCCCAGAGAAGAAGGGUUUCUCUAGCCAGACAGGACUCACCAGCCCCUUAGAUCCUACAUCCAAGACCCUCGAGACAACUGAAACAUUGGGUCACAACCAGGUGCCAAAAUCCACUCAACCCCAAGCCAAGACCACACUCAUGCCUGUGUUGGGGACUGUCGAAAAACCACCUGGCAAGAAGAGGGGAAGGAAGAGAAAGACAAUGGAGGACAUCUUGGCAUUUGAGGCUAGGAAGAAGAGGUCUUUGUCUUUCUUUCGUAGAAGGGUACCAGAGAAACCACCAGCAGUUGUUCCAGGUUCCAAAGAAAAGGAAGUUGAUAUUUCAAAGAAGUACCGCAGCAUUCGACCUAAGCCCAUGAUGGUCAUGGAGACAGUUCCCCAACUCCUUAGUCUGCCUGCUAUUACCCCAGAUGGCCAAGAACAGGAGCUGGUACUUGGCCAUCAGCUCCCCACCACUACCACAACCAAGGCCAUGGACUGUCCUCCCCAACAAGCCCCAGUAACCCUUCACCUGAGAGGGGCCUCCCAUCCGAGGGUGUUCAUAGGCAGCCGUCCCCUCCACCGAUGCCCCACCUGCAGCCGCUGUUUCCAGUUUAAGCAUCAUCUCCAAAGCCACAUGAACAGUCACACCAACAGCCGACCCUAUGUCUGCCCAGUCUGCCGCAAAGCAUAUGCUCACUCCGGCAGCCUGAGCACCCACAUGAAGCUUCAUCACUCUGAGGUACGCCCACGGCGGUCUCUGUGCUGUGAGUUCUGUGAGAAGGCCUUUGGAUAUGUUGGGGUUUACUUCAGUCAUCUGAGAGAGGUCCACAAGGUGGUGCUGACUGUGGAGCCUUCCAUAAGCCAUCAUGAAGAUGACCUGUCUGCAGAGGGGGCCAACUCCCCGGUGCCAUCAGAUGAGCAGGAUCGUGAAGACCCUGUGGAGCUGCAGAUUAAAUGUGGCCGCUGCCAGGCCAUAACUCCCACCUUUGCCGACAUGAAGAUGCACUUGCUGUAUGUGCAUGGGGAGGAAGUCCAGGUUCCACUCCAUGAUGGACAACCAGUGCGGGGUGGCCGUGAGGCUGAGAAUGAGCUGGUAAAGCAUGCUGCCCACUACUGGCGGCAGCUCAACGAAAAGCGCAACCUGGUCAAGUGUGGCAGCUGCGAUGAGGAGUUUUUCUCCUUCUCCAAGCUUAAGAGGCACAUCAUGUCCCACCACCGUGGAAAGGAGGGGGAGGACAGUGGGACCCUUUCAUCACCAGAUAGCGGUGGAGGCCUGGGGGUCCUUGCAGCAGGUGCAGCCUUUAACUGUGUGCUUUGCAGCGAGGUGUUGGACACUAAAGAGGGGGUUAUGGAGCACUGGAGGAGUCGACACCACUGUGAGCAGCCCAGCCUGCUGUGGGAUGCACUGAGCUCCUACUCCGGCCAGGAAGAGGGUGAGGCUGAUGGGGAUCUGGACACUCCUGCUCCAAGCCCACACUAUCCAGCCUAGCCUUUGGAUGGACAUGGAGCCCUUCACUGUGGCUCCUCCACACAUACUCAGUCCUAACAAUCAGCAGCACAGGGAUGGAGAGUUUCUCUUAUGUCUUUUAUCACUAGUUUCAUCUUUCACCAGUUAAUGCAUUUGACUUGGUCUAAAAGGAAAAAAAUAUAUAUAUUAAUCCAAUGGUGAAAAUUGAUCUUUGUGUUACAAUUCAUAAGGGACUCUCUCUAGGUCAGAGAAUCCAAUUUUAUAAACAAUAUUGUUUUUCAUGUUACUUUGAUUGCACUGUUCUGUCUUUGAACAUUUUGUUUGGAGGUUUAUAUUUAAUAUCCUGAUGGAUUAUUUUUUUCUACUGCUUAUUUAAAUCUUGUUAAAGGGUAAUUUAUAACCUAGCUGACACAGUGAUACUGUUAAAGGGUAAUUUCACCCAAAUUCUUAAGUCUUGUGGUAUCUAGCCUUACAGAUCAUUUGAUUUCAUGUGCACAGUUUCAGAGGUAUCUGGUUUUUGAUAUCUGCCUUCACCCAACUGAAAAGUUACAUUAUAAAAAGUCCCAUAUUGUAUAAAGUGAGAUUUCCAUGUCUAGGUGGUAUUUAAGUACUAUGAAAUUGUCCAAAUCUCAGCCUGUGUUCAGAAUCUGCACCUUUUAAAAGUCGUCAUCACUUCUGUGAGGGUGUGAUGUCACAGUGACACUAUGUAUAAGUAGAAAGUGGCGCUACACUACAGUUACAGUCAAAAUUACUUUAUUUAUCUCCGAGGGGAAAUUCAGUCAUUCAGUCAUUCCAUCGGCUUCAAUUACAUAAAGAGUCUACAUGCAGAAGACCUGAAAUACUGACCAAUUGGAGCAGACAUUUUUUGGGAAAUGGUUGGCUUAAAGGGACAGGCACUGAAACAGAGCGCUCCACACAGAGAGUGAAUACAGGUAUAUUCAGACAGACAGUAUGAGAAAAAUAUAGUGUUUUUUUUAACACUAAAGCAUGUAAAUAUGUUCUAGUAGAAACCCAAAAUGAUGAACCUGAAAAUGAGCAUUAUAUGUCCCCUUUAAUGACAACAUCUAUCACUCUAUGGAUUAUCCAAAGGAUAAUUUUCUGUCAAAUACUGUGAGCCCCACAAACAAAAAGUUCCAUUCACCUCCAUUUCAUAGAGUUGCAGGCAGAAAUCUCUUACAUUUUCAUCUAGACUGCAAUUACAAAAUCUGCAUGGCUAGGUACCGCUGUUGGGAGAAACUAUGGUUUGUAAUUUGGGUGAACUGACUCUUUUUAAAAUAGUGAGAAAUGUAAAUCUCACACCAAGGGCACACUGUCUACUGUCACACUGGCUGACAAUUUAUGUAUUGGCCUUGGAUUAUUACAGGUUAAAGUAAAUCAGUAUGUGUACACAAUCCUUUGAUGUAAUAUUGCGCCUCUAAUGGAAAAUCAAUAUUUCAGUCAUGACUUGAACUUUUACAGUCCGAUUAAGGGCAGUAUUCGGGUCCUCUAUCAACCUGGACCCAUGAAGGAACACUUUCCUAACCAGCACCCAAGUGACAUCCUUGUGGCCUUCUGAAAAGAAAAAGAAAAUCGGUGUUCAUGCGUAGUGUGGCUUACCGUCAGUAUGGUCCGCUGUAGGCCAAGUUCGAGCUCCUUGACUUGUUGAUUAUUGCCUAUUUGUGUAUUCUGUGAUAUGCCAAGGGUCUAUUCACACUAGUGAUUGUAGAAGUGAGUUUUGCAUUGAAGCUUUUUAACCACUGACAGAAUACUUUUCGUUGACUUAGUAAAUACGCAAAGGAAACCAUCGAAUUGCCUACCUGUUGUUGCCAGCUCAUGUACGCACCUGUGGAAUUGUGUGCACCCAGACUCUAUUAUUAGAGUUAUUAUAAACUGUUGUCAAGUCCAGAAAAUAUGCUAUUUUAUACUCUAGAUUAAUACAGAGCUCUUUUAGUAUAUUUAUGCUUGUUGUUGGUCCUUAAAGAACCAGCACUGAGACAUUUGUUAUGUUUGCUUCUUCUAAGUUGGGGGAUGCUUAAUGUCUUGUUUCUUGAUGGGAGGCCAUAUGGCAAGUAUCUCUGCUAACAUUGUCUGUGUUUAUCUUUCAUAUGAAGAAAAAAAAAAAACAUCACAGGGUCAAGUGAAUGUACCUGAAUGUUUUCAAAACCCUACCAAAAGUAUAUAUAUAUGCUCUAUAGACUUAUUCCAUAGAUAGAAUAUAUAGAUAUAUUGAGAAAAAAAUAAAUAUAUAUUUACAUAGAGUAACUAGUGAAUCAGCUGCUGUGUUCUGUCAUAGUGGAGGAGGUAAAAAAAAGAGAUGAAUUUAUCAUUGCCAACACUGGCAACAAAAGCCAUGUCGAGCUGUCCUUAUGUGUCUCACACAAAACGUAGGACUGUGAAUGAAGGGCAAAGCACUGAUGUGUACAUGUCGCACUGAGUUGGUUAACUGCAGUAUAGUGUACUACUGGUCAUUAAAUGCCAUGUUUGAGUGUUCAUCAGUGAAAUGUCCUUUGUUUUCAAGCCCUCAACACAAACCAGGAAGUGACAGAAUUAAGGGUCAGACUCUUCUAUCCUCAGAUGAGAAACAUACAUGACUGUCAGCACAAGUCGGAAAGUGAAAAAUCCCACAUUAGGUGAUGUGAUGUGUUUGACUCACUUAAUAUGUUGACUGUGUUAAAAAAAAAAAAAAAAAGACUGAAAGUGUUUGUGCUCGUGACUGUUUGUAAACCUGAGGAACCCGAUGUUUAUGAGAAUAAAGAUAUGGUUUGUUGAGGACAUUGUGAAUGAAGUGUUUUCUUACUAAAGGGGUCAGUUUAGCACCCCUGGGUUAAAAUAAAUGUAAGCUUGCUAACUGCAUCUACAAACCUCUGAUGACUGGUGAGGUGAAAUGGACUUUAUUUGUCACACAGUUUAUAUUUAAACUCUGUUCCUAGUCUGGAUCAAGACCAGAGACUGCCUUUUGAGUAUCUGGGCCUUAGAAAGUAAACAAAAACAUUUAACACGAAUGGAAAUAA